UUCAUGCAAAACUACAUCUAAAAAACAUCAUCAAUGUACAUUCUGUGCAAAAAACUUCUCUUGGACUAGAAAUUUGACUGUUCAUAUGCGCACUCACACCAAAGAGAAGCCUUACCCGUGUACAGUCUGCACCAAAAGGUUCUCUAGGUCUGGUACCUUGACUAAGCAUAUGUGUACUCACACCCAAGAGAAGCCAUUCCAGUGUACAGUCUGUUCAAAAAGGUUCUCUCGGUCUGAUUGUGUGACUGCAUAUGCGUACCCACACCAAGGAGAAACCUUUUCAGUAUACCGUCUGUGCAAAAAGGUUCUCUUUUUUUGUUAGUUUGAGCAGACAUAUGCGCAUUCAUACCAAGGAGAAGCCUUACCAGUGUACAGUCUGCACCAAAAGGUUCUCUGAGUCUGGUGCCUUGACUAAGCAUAUGCGUACACACACCAAAGAGAAGCCAUUCCAGUGUACAGUCUGUUCAAAAAGGUUCUCUCAGUCUGGUACAUUGACUAAUCAUAUGGGGACUCAUACCAAAGAGAAGCAUUAUCAGUGUACAGUCUGUAUAAAAAGGUUUUAUAAUUCUAGCCAUUUGACUGUUCAUAUGCGUACUCACACUAAAGAAAAGCCAUUCCAAUGUAAAGUCUGUAUCAAAAUAUUCUGCACUUCUAGGGAAUUGACUGUUCAUAUGCGCACCCACACCAAAGAGAAGCCUUACCAUUGUACAGUCUGCACCAAAAGGUUCUCUGUGUCUGGUUCCUUGACUGUUCAUAUGCGUAUUCACACCAAAGAGAAGCCAUUCCAGUGUUCAGUCUGCACCAAAAGAUUUUCUCAGUCAAGUCAUCUAACACUUCAUUUGCGUACUCACACCAAAGAAAAGCCUUUUCAGUGUACAUUUUGUAAUAAAAGCUUCUCUCAGUCAAGUAAUCUAACACUUCAUUUGCGUACUCACACCAAAGAAAAGCCUUUUCAGUGUACAUUUUGUAAUAAAAGCUUCUCUCAGUCAAGUAAUCUAACACUUCAUUUGCGUAUUCACACCAACGAGAAGCCUUUCCCGUGUACAAUCUGUACCAAAAGGUUCUCUCGGACUGUUAAUUUAACUCGUCAUAUGCGCACUCACACCAAUGAGAGACCAUUCCAGGGAACAGUAUGUAGAAAAAGUUCUCUCAGUGUGGAAAAAUGAAUCAUUAUAUGCGUUGUCACACAUCAGUUUAGAAUGUCUGAGUUUCUUCUCUACUGGUGUGUUGUUUGUAUAAUAUCUCUCCAAUAUUGUUCUUAUUAAAAAAAAAAUAUUUGAAAGAUUUGCAUUGCAAAAUAAGUUGACUGGAUGUUCCAUCCACAAUAAUUAAUUGUGAAUUAAUUCUUCAAAUAUCAAUAUGGUCUGUAUAACACAAGUUGUGACUUAUGUUGCCAAAUUGUGCAAAAUUUCAAUCUUUUCAUGCAAGCCCAUAUGACAGGAUCUAUUCAAUUCGACAAGCUGUCGAUGCUGAGUUGUCAAUAUGAAUAUAUCCAGUCAUAUGAGCUUGCAUGAACAAAUUGAAAUUUUGCACAAUUUGGAAACACGGAUAUUUUCUCCAAGCCUCAACUAAUUUUAUACAAACUCUUGUAUCGUGAUAAUAGAAAGAAAAAUAAAAAUCUCAGUACCCUUUUUGAAUUAUUCAAUCACAACAUGUUUAAUUCAAAUAAUUCAAAAAGGUUACCGUAAUCUGGGGUGAAGUGGAUCAAAAUUGGCAUAUUUUUUAAAGUUUUUGUGCUUUGACAUGUACAGAGAGUCUUUAAAAAAUUUAUAUUUCACCUCUCAAUCUUCUUCUUUCCAAUGCCUUGGAGCCUAUAUUUUUCUGCUCAAAAUUGACUUGUAGAAAAAAUGUUUUUGUUUGAUCCACUUCACCCCAUCUGUUGGGGUGAAGUGGAUCAGCAUUAUAAUUCCAUUAUAAAACCACUUCACCUCUAUACUGAGGUGAAGUGGAUCAUUAAUAAUGUUUUAAAAAAAUUAUAGUUAGAAAUAGUAAACUCAAAAUUGAAUUUUUGUAACUUAAUAGAAAAUACGUACAUGCAAAUGAGAAAAAUCAUUCAAUUGAGUUGGUUUGAGUACCAAGUGCUAGAAAUCUCCCUCUUCUGAGGCUUGACAUCCUGACCUUUUCCACUACUGAGCUCUUUUCAACUUCUUGUAUGUCAAGUUCAUCAGAGUAGUGGAAAAUAGUUUCUUUCUUGCCUACUUUCUUCCAUAGAAAUGAAAUUUCAUAGCGAUUUUCAUUUAAAAUGUUUACAAUAUUUCCCACCCAGAAUCUCAGUUUUGAAGAGUUUUCUAUUUCAAAUUUUACAACUACAAAAUCUCCAGCACUAAAUCUAAUCAAUGAUGGAUCCUCAGCAGUCAUUUCCUCUCCAUUAGAUUCAGCAGUAUCUUCCUCUUCAAUUGGUCCAUCUCUGAUGGGCGGUGAAUGCUGUCGGUGUCUUCCUGAUGAACUUCCUUCUGUGGGAACGACAUCAGAAGCACUCACACUUUUUUCUGCAACAAUGUUCAUUCUCUUGCCUCGCCCCUGUUGAUUUGGUGGUUGGUCAUUUUCUCGGAAUUUUUUCAAAAUCUCAGUGAAUGAACUACUCCAUCUUUCACCGGCCCCAUCUUCGUCCUAAUCUUCAUCAACCUCAGAGUCCUGUGGUAAUUUACUCAGGACCCUAGCACUGUUCAAGGGAAAAAUGCCACAAGCCCUAAAGCCAGACCGUAUGUUAUCUGCAGAUGUGAGCCCAAUUUCGACAAUAAUUGUAUCCCUUAGAAGAGAAGGAAAUACACUUUUUGGGAGCACUGCCCUAUUUUUUUCUUUCCAAUUUCCCAGAACUCUCCGCCAUGCAUUUUUAAUGGAUGAAAAAAUGCUACAUCCAAAGGUUGGCAGAGGUGAGUUGAGUUUGGAGGUAGAAGAACGAAUUCAAUAUUAUUCUCCUCACACAUUUCCACCACAUUUAGUGAGAUGUGACUGGACAAGUUGUCACCAAUCAGGGCAAUUCCUUCAGAAAGUUUUCUGGCAUAGGGAAGAAUGAUUUUAGUGAACCACUCCUCAAACAUCACCAGAUACAUCCAGCCACUCGAAUUUCGGUUGAAGCAUGCAUUUUCUGGUCCAUUCUCCACCCAAGUUGGAUAUAAGUGCUUUGCCUUAUAAAUCACAUAGGGUGGAAGCAUUGUCCAUCCCCAGCUGCAGCAAACAUUACCGUGAUGCUGGUUUUAGAAGUGUCUAGAACUCUUUCGGUGUGUUUUGAGCCCCUUUUUACAACCACCUUUAAAUUGCCAGGGUCAUCAGUGAAAUUGGUUUCAUCAUAAUUUAUAAUAUUGCUAGCUGGAAUUCCUUCAAGAGAUUUCUCAAGUUCCACAAAGUAAUUUGAUAUAGUGUCUUUGGAAACUCCUGCCCUAACUCUUUUGAUGUUUUGAGACAUUCUCUCACUCAAAGAUGGGUGACGUCUCAUGAAAUUUGAAAACCAUUCUUCUCCUGGUAAGUUAUCAGAAAAGAAUUUCACUUGUCCAGAUUGGUUCAAAUAAUGCUGUACAAUUUUUCUAAUGUCUAGUCUUUUUAAUGGGAAUCCCCAUUCACCACACUUAAUAAUGCCACGACAAAGAAAAUCUUCCUCUUCAGUAGAAAAGACUGUCUGACCCCCAUAUGAUUUUCCACUUUUCCCUUUCAAAUAUCUAUUCAAUGUUGUGUAGGGCACUGCAUAUUGUUCUGCUGCACUCCGUAUUGACAACUUAUUUUUAUUGACAGCAUCAAUAGCUUUUUCUAAAAAACUGGUUUGUAGUUACGCUUGCCUUCAAGUCCAAUUUUUUUAACAUAUUUUCGAGGCAUUUUGUCACUUCAUAAAAACUGUAAUCAAUUACAACUCAUCUAUUAAAUUAACAAUAACAACUAACCAAACUUUUCAACACGAUCUCUUUAGUAGCACUGAUAGUGGUAGGUUAUGUUACUGUAAUGGAAUACAAUAUCGUUAAACUGGCAAUAAUCGAUAUUUGUAAGCUGAUCCACUUUACCCCUUCGGGUAACAAUUUCAGCUUUAGAUCGACUUUAUUUAUGUUGGUGACUUGAUAUCGAUUUUUCGAUAGGGGAAAAAUAUCGAAGUCAGACAGGAGAGUCGAUUGCAGGCUACAAAGAGAUUGUAAAUCUGACCAAUUGGUAUCACCAGAUGUUUGUUUAUAAGGUUCUUGUUUUCUGAUGAUACAGGCUAUUUCAAAAAAAUAUUUUUCCUGAAGCACAGCUAUAUUUUUUCACAGUUUUUUUUAGAAUUCAGGUAGGCUAUAUCAUUCUGAACAAUGUUCAUUUUUACUUUCCUUGCCCUAUUACCAUAGGUAAGGAAAGUAUUGCUUUCCAAAAAAAAUUAAGGUACCCCAAUUUCUCAAUUUCUAUACGUUUCAAGG